AUAUUCAACAAUCUCCUUCUCAUAAUCAUGAAGAUCACAGAUGUCCAUAGGUGUUUCUUACCUUGAAUCUUCUGUGCUUUUGACUUAAUUGCCGCGGCUGUUUGGAAGAAGAAAGGCUUGUUCUCCUACAAAUCAAAGAUUCAAUAAACAGCCCUGAGGGAACCGCUUUCCCAAGCCGGUACAGUGAAGACUGUUGCCAGUUGAAGGCCGUUGAAUGUGAUGCAUCCACGGCUCGUGUCAACAGACUCAUCUUUCACAACAAAUGAGAUCCGAGUGUGCUUGAACGUUGGUAUCCGAAUGCGACCCUAUUUGCUCAAUUUAAGGAAAUGAAAGAACUUGAACUUCCGGAGAACAAUAUAAAAGGAUUCACUUCACCUCACGAGCUAGGAGAACUCGAGCACCUGCAGAGGCUGGAUCUGCACGACAACUUGAUAGAAGAUGCUUCUGAUUUCUGCUGGAGCAAGAGAGCAUUACCUUCUCUUUACCACUUAGAUUUGUCUGUUAACAACUUGACAGGUUUCAUUCCGGAAUGCCUUUGUCAUAGCCUUUCCUUACGGCACUAAUCCUGUAUGGUAACAAUCUCCAUGGAAACAUCUCUUCAUGACUGAGUAAUUUGACUUCACUGGAAGUUCUGGAUCUCAGUUACAAUCAAAUUCAGUGGUUCUUUUCCUUCCUCUCUAGUCCACAACCUUACAUCUAUCGAGUCACUCAUACUGUCAUGGAAUCGA